CUCAGUGUUGCAACUUUCAGGGAAAUGGAACCUUCACGCUUGCGCACUGGCAAGCAUGGUUUUGUUUGGAGAGAAGAAUUUCAACCACCAAGCUAAGAAAUUAUAGAAAUAGUCUGUAUGGAGGACCUUAAAAAAUCACUAAAGAUGCCGUUCUUUGGAAACACGUUCAGUCCGAAGAAGACUCCACCUCGUAAAUCUGCAUCUCUGUCCAGCCUUCACACGUUGGAUCGGUCAACAAGAGAAGUGGAGCUGGGCCUUGAGUAUGGACCUCCUGCGAUGAACAUCGGAGGUCAGACCUGGAAGUUUGAAGAGGGACAGUGGAUUACAGAAUCUGGAGGGAAUGGAUCAAGUAGGGAAUUGCAGCGGCUUAAGAAAAAAAACGUACAGCUGGAGGAAGAGAACAAUCUCCUGAAACUGAAGAUUGAAGUUCUCUUGGACAUGUUGACGGAAACUACCGUGGAGUACCACCUGAUUGAGAAAGAAGUGGAAGAUUUAAAGAUUCAACAUCGAAGAAAGAAAUGACGGAUCUGAUAUGAUGCCUUCAUAAAAGGACAUCAGAGUUUAAAGUGUGUCGUUGUAAAUCUUUUUUCUUUUUCUUUUUGUUUUUGCUCUUAAGAACAGAUGUAAAAUAAAGUGCUAAUGAGUUUUCUCAUAAUGAGGACUAUUGUGCUGUAGGACUCUGCCCUGCUCGUAUUUAUUGGAAAGGCAGGCACCACAGGAUCAGAUGUAGUGCGUGUUAUUAAUGUUCUGUUGUACAUUUGUACAAUCACCAUGAAAACGGACCAACCUUGAACAUCUUUCUUCAACACACAGCAUAUUUUCUACAUCUUUUACAUCUGUACGGCAGGUAUAGGCUGAUAUUUUCUUUUGAAUAUUCUGUGUAUUUUCUGUGUUUUAUAUUCAGAUGAAAAAUAAAAAUGAUUUUUCAUUCA